AUUGAGAAUCUGCAGGAGCAGCUGAGAGACAAGGAGAAACAGAUGAGUAGUCUGAAGGACAGAGUCAGGUCUCUCCAGACAGACACCUCCAACACUGACACAGCUCUCACCACCCUGGAGGAAGCACUGGCUGAGAAGGAGCGUAUCAUUGAGCGUCUGAAGGAGCAGAGAGACAGAGACGACAGAGAGAAGACAGAAGACAUCGAGUCCAACAAGAAAGAACUGAAGGAACUCAGAGAGAAACUCAGUCUACUGCAGGGAGACCUGUCUGACCGAGAGACGACCCCUAGUUCCACAGAAAACAGGCCCAACAUUGAAAUGGACAUUCAGUACAGAUGUUUGUCACUUGGACGCGUGCAGACCAACCUGUUAGACCUUAAGGAACAUGCUUCGUCCCUGGCUUCCUCCGGUCUGAAGAAGGACUCUAAACUGAAGAGUCUGGAGAUGUCUCUGGAACAGAGGAAAGACGAGUUCAUCAAGAUGGAGAACCAACUCAAGAAGGCCCAGAAUGCAUUGCUGGAGGCCCAGGCCAACACGGAGCUGUCAGAACGCAUCGUUACUCUGGAACAGGAAGUGGCUCGGCACAGAGAGGAUUCUGGGAAGGCCCAGGUGGAGGUGGACCGAUUGCUGGAGAUCCUCAGAGAGAUGGAGAACGAGAAGAACGACAAGGACAAGAAAAUCAAUGAACUGGAGAAUUCUGCUUCAAGACAGGUGAAGGACCAGACUAAGACGGUGGCCCAGCUGAAACAUAAGGAGCAGGUGGAGAAGAGUAAGAACGCCCAGCUGGUGCAGGAGGUCAGGAAGAGAGACGACAACCUCAAUGAGAGCUCUCAACACGUCAAGGACUCCCUGCGCCAGAAGGAGGAGCGUAUAGAGGAGCUGGAGGAGGCUCUGAGAGAGAGUGUCCAGAUCACAGCAGAGAGAGAGAUGGUUCUGGCUCAGGAGGAAGCUGCUCGCACACACACUGAGAAACAG